CGAGGCCGGGAGGAGCGCAGCGGCGGCGGAGGUGGUGCCCCGGGAGGUGGUGCUCCAGGGCUGGGCGGGGCGCGGGGCUUUCCCGCUUCCUCUCGGCUCGGCCCAGCCGGCAGGAGCGUCCUGAGCCUGCCCACCCCACCUCUGCGUCGCCCCACGGAAGGUAUCCGAGCAGAGCCUUGCACCAUCUGCACACACAGUGUGAGGACCCCUCUCUCCCUGGGCGUUUGGACCAUCUUCUGAGACAGAAGUGCUCACUGCCAGCUUCAAAGUCAUUCCCCAGUGCCUAACUUUGAUGUGUGUUAGCACUGUUUGACUGGCCUACUCAUUCCUGCUUCCACGUGUACUUUUGAGGCGCGCCUCCUUUUGAGGGACCAUGAUCCAUUAACAAAAGACCUACCUCUUCAGCUGCACCUGUCUUAGCAAGGUCAAGGCCACCAGGGACUCAACAGUGCGCUGAUGGACAGGAUGGAGACCCGGCAGCGGAGGACAGAGGAUUUGGGGCCACCACACACCCCCCUUCUCGAAAGACCACCCACAACCUCAGAAGAUGCACUCCCGAGUGUCCCUGAGAGCCAGAGGGCCACCACAAAGCCCCUGGGCCCCGAGCUCAGCAGAGAGACCUCCCUGUCCAUCGCCCUUCAGGUCACAGUGCCCUUCCUGUUUGCAGGUCUAGGACUGUCCGGUGCUGGUGUGCUUCUCAACUAUUUACAGCACUGGCCUGUGUUCACAGACGUCCAGGACCUUUUGACCCUGGUGCCAUCCCUCGUGGGCCUGAAGGGGAACCUGGAGAUGACACUGGCGUCACGACUCUCCACAGCAGCCAACACGGGGCAGAUGGAUGACCCACAGGUCCGGCACAGAAUCAUCAGCAGUAACCUGGCCCUCAUUCAGCUGCAGGCCACCGUGGUGGGACUCCUGGCCGCUGUGGCCGCCGUGCUGCUGGGAGCUGUGUCCAGGAAGGAGCUGGACUUCUCCAAGGCUGAGUUGCUGUGCGCCAGCAGCAUCCUCACCGCCUUCCUGGCUGCCUUCGCCCUGGGAAUGCUGAUGAUCUGCAUCGUGAUUGGCUCCCGGAAGCUCGGGGUAAACCCCGACAACGUCGCUACGCCCAUCGCGGCCAGCCUGGGGGACCUGGUCACCCUCUCCAUCCUGGCUUUAGUUAGCAGCUUCUUUUAUCGACACAGAGACAGCCGCUACCUGAUGCCGCUGGUGUGCCUGGGCUUCACGGCGCUGACCCCCGUGUGGGUGAUCCUUGCCAAGCGGAACCCCCCCAUCAUGCAGGUCCUCAAGCUCGGCUGGUUCCCCAUCAUCCUGGCAAUGGUCAUCAGCAGUCUCGGAGGGCUCAUCCUGAACAAAACCAUCUCUAAACAGCAGUACAAAGGCAUGGCCAUAUUCACGCCCAUCAUAUGCGGUGUCGGUGGCAACCUGGUGGCCAUUCAGACCGGCCGCAUCUCCACCUACCUGCACAUGUGCAGCACACCAGGAGUCCUCCCGCUCUGGAUGAAGAAAUUCUGGCCUAACCCGUGCUCCACGUUCUGUACCUCAGAGGUCAACUCCAUGUCGGCGCGGGUCCUGCUCUUUCUGGUGGUCCCGGGCCACCUGAUUUUCUUCUACAUCAUCCAGCUGGUGGAAGAACACAGUGUGACAGACAGCAAGGUCUUCCUGGCGCUCUACCUGCUGGCUGGCCUGAUCCAGGUGGCUAUCCUGCUGUACCUAGCAGAUGUGAUGGUCCGGGUGACGUGGCACCAGGCCCUGGACCCCGACAACCACUGUAUCCCCUACCUCACGGGGCUGGGAGACCUCCUGGGCACCAGCCUCCUGGCCCUCUGCUUCCUGCUGAGCUGGCUGCUGCUGGGCAGAGCAGAGCUGGAGGGCAUCUCUGAAAUGGCAUCAGGGCCACCCUAGUGAGCCCAGGCAGCCCUGCCGCAUCUAGAAUGUUCCCCCAUGUGUGGGCACAGAGCUCAGCUCCUCUUGGUGGCCUGUCUCUACGGUGGUCAGCCCUCUCUGCACUGGCCCUUUGUCUGUCUGGCAGAGAGACUUACACGCCUUGACUCUGAACUUGGAAGUGGGUUUGUGCAUGCAUGAGGCCUGGAGCUCUUGCCUGAAGAUGCUGAAGGAACACACGUGCCAGGUUGCUGGGCUAGCACCACUCUGUGCCCAGACAGCGUGGACCACUCAGACGGGAAGGGGGUGUGUUCUGUGCCCAGGUCUCGGAGCACUCCGGCCCUGGGAUCCCUCUGCCAUCUCAAGCCCUUCCCAGGGUCAGUGCCUGCACCCUCCUCCUCUGCUUCCAGCUGCUCAGCUGUCACUGCUCCUUCUGCCUGUUUUUUAUUGUUGUUGUUGUUUUUCCUAGUCAUUAAUUAAACAUAGACCUCAGUUUAGAUUUUGGUGACCAGAGACAUGAAAUAAAGUACAGACCAGGUG